CGAUCCGAUCCGAACCGGAAUUUUGUUUUUUCUUAUUAUUUCAGCAAAGUAUUAUCCUGUUUGCCCCAAUACUGUAUCACUUCAAUUCACUUGUUCAUUUUGUGGAAGCUCUGAAUAUCGCUUUUCUCCCGAUUUUUAAAGAGAGAAUGUAACAUGAAUGAUCAUCAGAAAACUGUUUAGUGUUUACCCUAUGGCACUAGUUGCUUCGUUGGUCGUCGGAACAAGCAUACAAUAUAAUUCUCGAGUGUACACAAUAUGUUCUCCUAGUCUGAAGAUGAAUUCCCCAAAAGUUGAGCCCUGCAGCAUUAGCCGAAGAGUGGGAGCCGUAGCAGUAAUGAGUUCCUUAUUCUUAACAACAGAAGCAAUAGUGAGUGAUAAAACUGCAAACAGUUUUGAGUUGAGGAUCACAGUCCCUGAUCAAACAGUUGAAGAGGCUCAGAGUACGGUCAGAGAUCACGCCCAGGCUUUACUAGACGUAAAGUCUCUGAUUCAGUCGGAAUCUUGGAGAGAAGCACAGCGUGAAUUACGAAAGAAUUCUUCAUACCUCAAACAAGACUUGUACACUAUUAUUCAGAGCAAAGAGGGCAGCAUCAGGCCUUUUCUCAGGAAGCUCUAUGCUAAUUUAUUCAACAAUGUUACCAAGUUAGAUUAUGCUGCAAGAGACAAGGAUGUUGCACGAGUCCAGGAGUUAUAUAACAACGUUGCAGCUGCCCUUUACCACAUUUUAUCCAGAUUAUGAUUAUGAAUAUUAUAUAUAUAUAUAUUGUAACUUCUCUUGAUACAAGUGAUGUCACACAAAUACAGAAACCGCUAUAAAUUGCUCUUCAACUUUUAAAUUGUACUGCCACCAUCUGACCAUUUUUAUUCAGUAAUGUUCAAAUACAACCUACUUGAGGGAUUUUAAUAGAUAAAAAUCAUAAAA